AUGGAGCCUGAAACUGCACUGAACGCUUGUUUUGUGGGUUUUGAUGGAGGAGUUCAGCUGCUUUCCGGCGAGGACACGGCGGUCAUCCUACCUGCCAUUAUUGCGUCGAUCUGUGCUGUAGGAAUAGUAGGAAAUAUUAUGGUCCUUGUCAUUCUGAUACACAAUAUAAUGGUUAAGAAAAGUGCUAAUGGGAUUGUCGUGAUGCUCGUUAACCUCAGUGGAACAGACUUGUUGAUCCUUGCUGUGUGCAGUUCGACCCGAGCAUUCACUUAUCACAAUCGGACAUGGAGACUUGGACAUUUCGCCUGCAGGACAGCUGAGUGGUUCCAGCAUAGCUGUUUGGCAGCAAAAUCUCUCACUCUAGCAGUCAUGAGCCGAGCGCGAUAUCAUACUGACUGUGAUCCUCACCUAAAGCUAAAUAGAGUUCUUAUUGCUGCUGGCUCUAUAUGGCUUCUAGGGUUGGUGCUACCUGUCGUCCAGAUCGUUUUUUCAAAGUUGCAGGUGAAGGGGAACUUUAGUCUGUGCGUCACCGAGCUAUCGAGUCACUCCUCUGACUUCAUGCGCGUGUAUAGUAAAAUCUACGCUCUCGUGGUCUACGUCUUCCCGGUCAUCUUUUCUGCAGCGUGCCAUGUGCGUGCCAUCAUUCGGAUCACACAUGGCCACAGGGCGCGAUCUGCGCGCAGGACUGAAAACCGCCUGGCUCUGUUGUGCGUCACUGCAGCUAACGCGCUUCUGUUGCUACCCGAGUGGACACUAUGGCUGUGGCUGCGCCACCGUCCCCGCGAGAUCUACGAGCCCGCAGUUGCGCUGCUUGUCCUCGCUCAGGUGUGCACCUACCUGACCAGCGCAUCGUCUCCGGCCAUUCUCCUCACCAUGUUUGUGCCACUCAGAGAAAACCUGACUUGGCUGCUGUGUCGGGGCGCAUGGGGGAAAGGAAAAAGGGAGCAGAGCGAGAUGGCUGUUGGGGCGCUGGACGAUGACAUGAUACAUACUGAUGCGCUCGGGAGACCUCUGCCUGAUGUGAAGCAUUUUUGGACCAGUCGGAGGAACACAGCAGUUCCAGACAACACCAACCCUUUUCCGUGGGAAGGACUGGAGCACUGCCAUGCUCAACUCUAA